GCAGCGAUUCUACUGGGCCAGCUGAAUGAAGCCGGGCUGGAAGGCGACGUGGUUUCGCUGACUGCAGCCAUCACUGCCUGCAAGUUUCAAUGGCCCCUUGUGUUGGCGCUCCUCGACAGGUGGCGUUUUGCAGGCAAUUCUGCGACCUAUACUGCAGCAGUCGCCGCCUGCCAGCUGGACGACCAGUGGAAUGCGACAAGUAGACUGCUGAGCCUCUUCCGCGAAGGUUCUGGCUGGAUGUGGUGGUGA